AUGGCAUUUCACGCAGCACGCGUACCGUCUCUGCUUCCAAGCGCACCCAUUCGCAUCUCAGAGACGGUCAGAGCGCGCCUUCCCCAGCCGCACCUCUUUGCAGACAGAUCCCACCUUUCCCGGCCAGAACUCCCAGGCGUCAGCCCGCAGCGCCCCGUCACGAGCGCCGCCGAUGGUGCAAGAAAGCUGCUGCUGGAGGAGAGCCCUUAUACCGAGCCUUCCACUGGCGAGGAUGCGUACAGUGCGGCAGUGCUUGCGCCGACAGCAGCAGAAGCGCCGGCUUCAGAAGUUGAUGGAAGGAGUGGGGGAAGCGGCGCCGAUGGCGGCGAGACCGAGCGCCACACUUCGACUGGCGGAGGGGACGGGGAAUUGGACGGGGGAGACGACGGCAGAGGGGGCGGGGGAGGGGGCGGGGGAGCCGACGGCGGUGGGGGCGGGGGAGCGAAUGGGGGAGGCGACGGGGGAGGGGACGGGGGAGGGGACGGGGUAGGAAGCUCUGAGUGGCCGUCAUUCGCGGAGGGUGGUCAGGAGGUCGUUGGUAACGAGGGGAGCGCGGAGAGCCGCCCGCCUGCCACGUGGUGCGAUAACGAGGCUUGCUUACGUGGCGCGCUGCUGGAUCGCGCGCCCGCCGUCUACCUCACGCGCCACGUGUACCUGACCAACGGCGAGCUGCCAGCUGUCAGGCACACGGUGGCCGUGACGGGCUUGUGUUCGUCGGAUCAGUGCACGAUCGACGGCCAGGGGAAGUCCAGGAUCUUCUCCGUUCAAGCAGGCGGUUACCUGGCGCUCCAAAACAUCGCUCUGCUGCACGGAUUCGUCCCACGGGGCAAGUUCGGCGGCGCAAUUUUCGUUUCCGGGCUGCCCGACUCACCGCCUUCACCAAUGGAGACCCUGCCCCAGGCCUACCUGUCCGCUUUAGGCACGAGCUUUUAUAAUAACAGUGGAGAGAGCGGAGGUGGGGCGGUGGCAAUAGGCAGUAAUGCGGCGGCGUUUUUCCACGGUGCCAAUUUCGCUUUCAACUCCGUUUUCAUGGACGCCUCUGGGAAGCAUCGAAGCAGGGGAGGCGCCAUGUAUCUGGGGGCACAGGCCGACAGGAGCAUAACAACCACCCAUGCCCCUCACAAAGCGCGGGAAUGCCCGCAAGGAGUGGGCUACACAAGCACCUCUCCCUGUGUGACUGUUCUCGACUCUCUCUUUGUCGCCAACUCUGCUGCUGUGGGCGGAGCCGUGUUUGUGGAUGGGAGCGACGCUGCCUGCCACAACGCAUCAUCAACCAACCAGGAUGUGAGCACACUGGGAGCCUCUCUCCACAUGAGCAACGUGCUGCUUGAGGCCAACACGGCUGCUGUGGACGGCGGGGCAGUGGCUGUGGGGUCUCAUGGCCGGCUUGGGGGGCAAGCUUCGUUCUCCACCGUCCGUUUCAAUGAGAACUCGGCUGGGAGGGAUGGGGGAGCGCUGUUUGUGGGAGGGGGCCGUCCCGAGCAUGCCGGCAGCACAGCCACUAUCUACCAUGCAGUUUUCCUGAAUAACACCGUUGGUGCCACUGCUGGGCCACCGCUCCCUACCCUGCCGACUUCCCUUCCCACUCCAACCGCCUUACCUCCUCCUCCUUGCGCUCGUCACCUGCGGGAGAAGCUUCCUAAGGAGCCACAACCACCAAGGUAUAAUGGGACAUCGGAAGGCAACGUGACAGGAGACCUGCACUUGGUGGGGCUGCAUGGGGAGCGACUUGACUUCCACGGCAAGCCUGGGGAGAGCUACUGCUUGCUCUCGGAUUCAGACAUCCACGUUAACAUGCGACUCGUUGCUUGGGCACAUAACAGCACGACGUAUAUGGAUGAAGUCGGCAUACUGUAUAAAAACAAGGGGGCAGGCAGCAGUGAAGAUGAUUUGAUGGAGGUUAUUGUGGUUGCGCUGUCACAUCCCGGUGCAAGGGUUUCGGGUUUUCAAGGAGGGCUCUUCAUUAAUGGAGCCGAGUUGCCUAAUGUUGAUUUAACAGUCUCCAUGAGCAAUAAGAUGCUCAGAGUGGAUCGUACAAGCAGAUCCGUUCGGAUUCGCGUCACAAAUACAUUCGAUAUGACUAUUGACAUCAGAAGAGCAGCGUUCUAUCACAACACCGACAAAUGGGUGCACCAAAACCAUCUGAAUGUGAGCCAAUCAGCCUCGGCCAUGCCCGCACGCCUCGAGAGCAUCCCAUCAUUUCCCGCCCAGAGAGUGUCAGUUCCUUCAGUUCUCAAGGCAGGUCCUCCUGUCAGUGGGAUUUCUCAGGUGCUUCAGCUGAUCGCAGUACGCGACACGACUGCGUCGCAACACACGACUCCAAGCACCGCCAACGCCUCAACCGCUGCCUCCGCUAACGUUCCCGCGCAUGCCUCUGCUAAUGUCUCCGCACAUGCUUCCGCUAACGGCUCCGCUAACUCGUUUUCAGGAUCCGGGAGCGCGGUUACCCCGCCAGCUGACCUGCUGACCGUCUGCCAGUCGAUACACAACGUUCUUAUCGACUUGAGUGGUUUUGACCCAGUAGCACAGGAAGCAGCAGCUCGCGUGUUCGAAUCCUGGUGGCAGUCAGAUUUGAGAGGCAAGGACACCCUCAUCGCACAGACGCUUCCGUAUCUCCUCGCGAGAUCGCUUGAGCUCUCUCGACCAGUGGACGUGCGACGCGUGUACGCCAUGCGCGACGCGUUUUCGCAGCUUGAGUUCAGCCACGCGGAGAGCAUAGCCGGGACUCGCGGGCUGCUACUUAGGUGUCUCUUCGCGCCGGUGUAUUUGAAGACCACAGAAGGUCGGCGCUUCCUCUCCUUCUUUUUGCUUCUAGACCUCCAGCUCCUUAAAGAGUCCAUACUCAUUAUAAGGAAUCAGAUUCCAUCGGGAAGGAAGUCGCUGCUAGAAGCUUACGGCGAGGUAUUUUUCCGAACCUGGCGAUCUGCCGAGCCUGGCCCGAGCCUGUUGGAAAUCGAGUACGGCUUUCUGCAGGGGCUGAUCGAAGCUGCAGUCUUCGCUCGGACACCCGAGCUGGGAGCGGCGGUUCGGCGAGUGGUGGGCGGAUUCUCCAAUCAGAUGCUGCAACGUGGCGUGGACGAGCUGCUUCUGCGCGUAUCAGAGCCGAUCAUAUUCCGAAGCCUACAGGCCGCCAAUCCAGCUGUCCGCCGCAACGCCCUUCUCCUAUUGGCCGAGCUCUUCCCCCUCCGCGACCCGGCUCAAGGACGAGAGGCGAACGAGUCGCUCCUUAAUCGGCAGCUAUCGCUCCUCUUUGAUCGCCUCUUAAUGGAUCCCUGUCCCGCGGUUCGAGCCUCCGCUGCUGAGGUGGCAGGGCGUGUGCUUUGCGUCUUCUGGGAGGUUAUCCCGUCGAGCGUCGCCACGUCAGCGUUGACGCGGAUGGUUGACGAGCUGGCUGCUGACGUGGCCAGUCCCGCGGUGCGGAUGGCAGCAGUGCGGGCGGUGGGACACCUGUUACAGGGUAACCCGGUUUGCCAUGAGCUGUUACGGGGGAUGCUGCCGCGAAUGGCUGCGGGAUUGAGGGACAGGUCGCGUGGGGUGAGAGUGGCAGUGGCGGAAUUGCUUAUAACGGUGGCUAGUAACACCAGCAUAAGACUAAAAGAGGUUAUUUCAUUGGGCCAGCUCAUACAGGCUCUGGAGGAGCCCAACGAUCCAAUAGUAUCGCGCCACGUCACCCGCAUCCUCCUGCCGACUUACCUGCCGACCCACCUGCCCCCUGUUGCUGCUGCCGGCCGUUUUAUCACCCUGAUGCAGCGGUCUCUCCCUGCUGCUGCUGCAUUUGCGCGCUGCAGCUUCCAGGAAGAUGCAGCUGCAGCUAUGGCUGAUACUCUGGAUGCUCCUGCUCUCAAACGGUUGCUUCUCUCGGCACGUACUGCAAGUCAACGGGCGGCGGUGCUACGAAUCGCCGCCCUGCUGCCGCCCGUGUCAGUGGAGGAGCUUGCUGACGUGUGCAGGGAGGGGCUCCUGAGGGUUGGGCGGAAGAGGGAAGAGGGGAACCAUGAGGGAGUCAAUAAAGCGUUUGCGGAAAUCUCUGAUAAUCUCGCUGGUGUGAGGAUGGGUGAGGCGAUGGAGUGGAUGGAAGGGAGGAGGGAGGAGAGGCGGGAGGUGGAGGGUGUGGUGGUGCUGACACGCGCGUGGGGCGGGUUGGGUCAGCUGGUAGACGCGUUAGAGGUGUCUCUUGCUGCGGGUGUUGAGAGGGAGGUGGAGAGGAGAGAGCGGAGGGGGAACGGAAAGGAGGGGAAGGGAGGGGGGUCGGAUACGAUAGAGGAAGGAGAGGGAAGGGGCGGUGAGGAAAAGGAGGAGGAGGAAGAGAAGGAGGUGGAAGAGAUAUUACUUUCGGAUGAUGAAGAUGAGGAGGGUGGGGAGGAAGGCGAGGAGGGAGAGGGGGGGGAAGAGGAGGAGCUCACGGGGGCAAGAGAGGAGGCAGAGGUAGAAGAGGUAGAAGAGGUGGUGAAGGAAGAGGAGGUGGAGGAAGUGGAAGUGGAAGUGGAGGAGUUUGAGGAUGGGGAGACGAGAGAGGAGGAGGGAGAGGAGAAGAUGAUGGUUGGGGAGGAAGCUUUGCGGCGAGGAAACAGACGUGUGACUCGGAGCAUGGGAGGAGGCAAGGAAGCUUCCAGGCAAUCAACUGAAAGCCCGUCAGUUGCAAAGGAUGGCACGGGGAAGAGGGGGCUAUUGGAGGGAGGGGGGGGGAAGGGAAAGCUAGGGAAGAGGCAGCAAGAAAAGAUAGGGCGAGGAAACAAGGUUCCUGGAAGGAAGAGAGGUGCUGCUGGUGUGAGAGAGGUCUAUAACGAGGAUGCAGCAGAGGGAAGUGAUUCGGACCAAUCAGAGCUUGCCAGCGAGGCAGCAGCCACUGUGAUGCCUCCUUGUGUGGUGGCCUACCGCCUGGAGAUUCUCCUGGGCCAAUCAGAAGCGAGAGCUGAGUUACUGCGCAUGCCCGGGGUGCCUGGGCGGCUGCUGGGCCUGCUGAGGACAGCUGUCGACGCGCAACUGGCCGGGAUGAGCGAUGUGGCGAAUGCUACUCCUGCUGCUGGCCCUGGUUCGGAUGGUUGUACUAGGACGGACUCAGAUGCUGCUGUGAAGGAUGAUCGUGCUGCUGAUGAGCAUGAUUUGGAGGUUAAGGAAGCAGAGUGGGUGCAAGGAGCGGCUCUGCGUGUGUAUGUGAAGUUGCUGGUGCUGAUGUGGAGUGAGAGGCAGCAGGAGGAGGAGGAGCUGGGACGGAGGGCGCAGAAGCAAGGACGGCAGGUGGACGACAAGGGGUGCUCCAGCCUGAGCGAGCUGUCAGAUCAUCUUCUCGAACUGAUCUCAACCGUCCAUGCAAUGCUGGCCCUGAUCUCACAAGCACACCAAACUCCCGGCGAAUCUCGACCGUCCAAGGCAAGCAGAGCUGCCAUCUGGGCCGUCGCUCCUUCCUUCCUGUCCACCCUCACUGCUGUCCUCGCAGCUUCCUACACUUCUCUCCUCCUGCCUAUGUUGAAGUGUAAAAGGGAGGCAGAGAGAGGAGAACCGCACGCACUGGUGCUUGGAUGCUGUGGUUUAGCGCUUGCGCUGCUGAGGAGGCAGGCUGAGAGUGUGAGGGAGGGAGGGGAGGGAGGGGCGGCGGCUGGGAGGGAGGGUGGUGCAAUGGUGUGGAUGGCGGUGCUUUCAGCUGUUGCUUGCUGUAAGAGGGUUCUGACUGCCGCUGGCACUGCUGCUGGUGUUGUUGCCGCCACUGUUACUGGCCAACAAGAGGGGAAUGGGGAGGAGGUCCGGUGUCUGCAAGGAGAGGUGGAUGCUGCUAGUGCCUUGUUGAAGGGCAGUUUGGGGGGGAUUGAAGCGGAGGGGGGAGCUGGGGAUGGAGAAUGCAAGAAUGAAGGGGGUUUUGGGGCGAGGAAUGCGGUUGGAGGUAAAGACAACGAAGCAGGAGAUGUGGAGGAAGGGGAUGCAGGGGACGCAAGUGGGGAGGAGGGUGCAGGUGUGGCCGAUGGGUUGGAAGGAGGAUGUGAAGGAAGGGGGAAAGGGGGAUUAGCAAAGCAUGGGCCAGGGGUUGAUAAAAGGAAAGCGGGACGGAUGGUUUUGAAGGAAGUGGCAGCCCGGGAAAACGAGGGGAGGAUAGAUCCUGCAUUGUGGAAGAUAGCUCAGAAGGUGCUGGGCAACAUCUGGGAGAACUCGGCUGUAGCAGCGCAAGCUGCGGUUGCGGCUGAGGCGGCUGUAGCCGAGGGGCCGGCGGGACGCGGAGGAGAGUGGGCGGGUGCCGGCGGAGUGGCGAAAGUACAGGCGAUGUUCGCACCACUGGGAAUUCAAGAGACUCUGCCUUCAAACACCCAGGUGCAAUGCUUUUUGCGAGCGUACACCGUAGCUGCUGCGUCAGGCGUGGUAAAAGCCUCUUGCAAUGCUUAUAACGAGUACGAAGGCGAAUACGACGGUGCGGAGGGUACAGUUUCAAGAGCCAGUAGGAUUCUUUCCGGCAACGUGGAGCUGACUCUGCUAGACAUCCAACAGAGGGUAGAGGGUCCGCGGACAGAAGCAGCUGAGGCGCUUGCAGAGUGGAGCGCUGGGGCUGGAGGGGCGGAGGGGAUUGGUACGAGGGGUUCUGAUAGGGCAGGAGCUGCUCAGGACGAGCCGUUUCUCCAGUACGUGCUUCUGGAAAAGAAGCCCGCGGUGACAGGCGGUGGUUUGGCAAAGGAGCCGCAAGGGGAGCUGUUUGGGGUUCUUCUGAGGUUUUUGGAGGGGGAGGGGCUGGAGGCGCAUGUUUACGUGAAGAGCAAGCGGGUGUCGUGCGCGGGGAUCAUUGCGCCGUUCGCUGGCCAUGCGGCCGUGUUGAGGAUCCGCGAUUGCCCGACUUUGCUGGGUCGCCAGCGGCGUAAGCCUGAGAAGCCGCUGAGGAAGCCAGAAGGGGCUAGGCAGAAUCGCAGCCGGGGUUUCCCGGUGUCUGGCCGAGGCUGUGCGAAGCGGAGGCUCCAGGAACGGCAUCAACAGGGUUACCAGCAGGAGGGUUACCAACAGGCGAAGAUUCCCCGUAGUGGUGCUGGCGAGAAGAAGGGAAGGGCGGAUGGGGAAGGUGGGAGUGGGAGAAAGACUGGUGUAGAGAGGGUGCGGCAUAGACUGCGGAAGGGGGAGGAGGAGGAUGAUAAGGAGGUGGUGAGUGGCUGUGGAGGCGUGUGGAAAAGGGAGGAGGGAGAAAAACGACGUUCUCUGGAAGAAAGAAAGCGGUCAAGAGCGGAGGGAUGCCGAGAGAGGAAUGAUAAGAAGGGUGGGAGGGUUGAGAGGGCUGAGAGGGAAGCUUAUGGGACAGGCGGAAGGGAGUCUGAGUGGGAGGUUGGAUUGCAGUUAGUAGUGUUUUCAGAAGCAGACAGGCAGGAUACGUGGGGGGAGGCAGAGGGACGGUACGGGGGGUUUGAAGGGGGAGCGGGCGGGAUGGAGGGGGACGCGGAGGAGGAUGAGGGGUCGACGGGGGAGUGUGAGGGGGAAGGGGAGAACGAGACGGAUUUCGUUAUAGGAACACAGGCGUCGCAGGUUGCAGGGGAGGGGGAUGGGCGGCAAGCCGUGGCAGGGGCGGUGUGGGAACGGAGUAACGGACAGGAGAGGGUGAGCGUGCAUGAAUGGGAGGGUUCUGAAUGGGGCUUAGGGGCCAGUUUUGGCCAGAAGCGGCUGGGAAAGGCAGAAAGGGGACAAGGAUUUGAGAGGGAAAGAGCGGCUGAAGGGGGUGGGAGUGUUGAUAUCUGCGAGAAUGGCAGCACAGGUUACAAUAACGAUGCUGCUUGUAACGAGAAAACGGAAGGCUCGUGCAGGAGAGUCGCGUUGGGUGAUGACGUGGCAUGGGAUGAAGCGAGGGAGUAUGAGGAAGCUGAGCUGGAGUUCCUGCUGAGUCAGCAAGAGAGUCAGCCAGGUGGCGGGGAGACUGGGAGAACGGCAUGUGGGGACCAGCUGACGUGUCAUGAGGUGGCGCGAGCAGCAGAGGGUGGGGACCACAUGACGCGGCUUACAGCCAUGCUGACUCAUACCUGGGCGGCAGCGAGGGGGGGACAGUGGAAGGUGCAGGGGGCCACGGCUGGAAGGACAGGAAGAGGGUUAAGAAUGGAUAAGAUUAGAGCAGAUGAGGAGAAAACAGAGCAGACUCAGGAGCAGGAGCAGGGCAGGGAAAAGGGAAGGAGAAGGGCGGUGGGGGAAGGACAAGGGGUAGUCAGAGCACAGGAGCGAGCACCAGGUGAAGAAGGGUUGCAGAUGGUGCUGUGGGGUGGAGCAGGAAGGGACGAGGGAGGGGCUAGUGGGGAGGUUGGGAAGACGGAGGGUUCUGGCCGUGUUGAUUUGAGCGUGGGUGUGUCUGGUGGGAAGAGUGCAGCGGAGGGCAAGGGCAAUCAGGAGGGCGCGGGCGAGCGGAUGGGAGAGCGCUUGGGGGAGGGUUUGCCAAAGGAACGGGACUCCACCGUGGAUUUUAGACCCAUCGAGCGAGCUGACAGGCUGGCAGAACGCGUGGCUGACGUGCUGCAUGACGUGGCAGCGGAUCUGUACAGUGCUGCCGUGGGAUUGGUGCGGGAGGCGCGACGGUUGUUUCGAGAGGAGGCGGCAGGGAAGGGGAGCGGGGGAGGGGGGAUCGAAUCAGUUUCUGGGAGACAGAUGGACGAAAGGGGGAUAGAGACGCAGAUGGAAGAGGGGGAAACUGGGCGAAGGAUCGAUGAGGAGGAAGUGGAAAAGCGGGUGCACGAGGCUCUUCUGUUGGGCAAGGCGGAUUUGCAGCGGCAGUUCCCGUUGGGUUGCUGUGCUGACACACAUGAGAUCUCGAGACUAGGGGAGCCGGGGCCGCCCACACUGGGGGAUCGAGUGCGAUGCCACGAGCUGCAGAUCCUGCUGCGUCUGGAGCUGCUGCCCUGCGACCUCCCCUCGCACCCCCUGGUGUCUCGAUUCGCCAAGCAGACCCGCACUCUGCUGGAGAUGGUGGAUUUGAGCCGAGAGGGCGGCGUGUUUGGGGAGAGCCUGGAGGAGUAUGUGGGUUCAAUGUCACUCAUAUCCCGAGAGGUGCCUUCAUUCGCCAAGCAGGCCCGCACGCUGCUUGAGAUGGUCGACUUGAGCCGAGAGGGCGGCGUGUUUGGGGAGAGCCUGGAGGAGUAUGUGCGGCGACUGCUGUGCAACAGGUACCGCACCAAAUUUCCCAACUUCCUCUCGUUCCUCUUCUCCAAGCUUCGCUUCCAAAGCAGCCCUCUCAUCGCCCCUCCUCCGCCCCCGGCUGUAGCGCGAGCUGGUUACCACCCAGGGGUGCCAGAGCCUGCUACAGCCAUCGAUCCUCCGGAGGCAGGCGGGAAUGCUGGUCCGGGUGGGGAUGUUGCUUGUCCAGAGGGAAAUGACAUCCUGGGCGGGAAUGCUGGUAAUUCGGAAGGAAAUGGUAAUAGAGGGGAUAACACUGGGCACACCACGAUUGUGCGUGAUCUGUCUGGAGCGUUUGAUGCUGUGGCUGAGGGGAAGGAGAGACGGGGGGAGAAGGAGCAGCAGCAGGGGCAGGAGGAAGCUGCAGAAGGAGAGGAGGGAAAGGAGGAUGGAGAGGUGGGGGAGGAGGAAGAGGGAGAGGUGGGGGAUGAGGAGCAAGAGGAGGGAGAGGAAGGCGAGGAAGGAGAGGAAGAGGAGGGAAAUCUGGGAGUGAAGCAGAAGGAGGGAGAGGAGGAAGGAGAGGAGGAGGGAGAAGUGGGGGACGAUGAGCAGGAGGAGCAAGAGGAGGGUCAAGGGGAGGUGCAAGAGGAGGAAGAGGUAUCAUUCAAUGGGGUAUCGGUGCGGGUUCGAUUAGGCAUGCGCAGCAGCGCUUUUGAGGCGCCUCUGAAGUCGUCUCAGUACUCGGAAAAAUGCUCUGGUGGAAAGGUGGGUGCGCGGGGCAGUGGGAGAUACAGUGGCAGUGUGAGCCGAAGUCGAAAAAAAGAAAGAGUCCAGAAGGUGGGAGGGGAGGGGAUGGCGGAAGGGGAGGAGGAAGGGAAGGAGGAAGAGGAGGAGGAAAAGGAGGGAGAAGGGAUGGUGAAAAGAAUAACGACGCGGCUGACUGUGUUACCUCCUGCUAUCGGGGUCCCUUGGGGGAGUCUGGAGGGGUGGAAAAGGAGGGAGGGCGAAAGUGCUAAGCCUCCUGCUGCAGACAUUUUCUUAGACUCCCUGGCAGACAUGCUGCUGGGGGAGAAUGGUGCCGCUGCCCCAGCGCCGCUGACUGCUACUGGGUGGAUCAACCGUCGUCAGCCGUCCCUUGGGACUGCUACUGGUGGUGCCGCUGCCAUUGCUGCUGCGAACGCGGCGGCUUCUGCUCCUCCUGCUGCUCCUGCUAGUGCUGGUGGCGCUGCCGCCGCUGCUGCUGUUCCUGAAUCUGCCGCUGCUGCCGCUGAUCCUUUCUUCGGGUCCCUGGCAGAUAUGCUGCUGGGGGGGAGUGAUUCUGCUGCGCCAGAGCCGCUGACUGCUACUGGGUGGAUUAACCGCCGUCAGCCGUCCCUUGGGGCUGCUAGUGAUGGUGGCGCUGCCACUGCUGCUGCUGCUGCUGCUGCUGCUGCUGGGGAUGGGGGGAGAGAGCAGCAGACACAGAAGCAGGGAGGAAGCAGAGAGGAGGCGGAAGACAAGGUAGAAGAAGAGGAAGGAGCAGCAACGGUAGCAGCAGCAUCAGCAUCAGCAGCAGCAGUUACAAAGGGAAUGCAGACGAUAUUGGGGGCGCCUAAAAAGGUAGAGCGGGGGGAGAAGGAGGUGGAAAAAGGGGGGACAGUAGGGGAAGGGGCUGAAACAGCAGGAGAAGCGGAAACAGCAGAAUUGGCGGGAACAGCAGCAGCGGCAGCAGCAGCGGAAUUGCGGAUGAGCCUCAGGCGUGGACGCAAGCCCACGAAGCCUUGCAAGAUUGAGCUGGGACGUCUCAAAAGGGUGGGGAAAGGGAAGGAGGUGGAAGAGGAGGAGGAAGUGAAGGAGGUAGAAGGGAAGGACGAAGGGAAGGAGAUGGAAGGGAAGGAGCAUUCAGGAGAAGAAGCCGAGGCGGUGGGAGCACGGAUGAGUCUCAGGCGCGGACGCAAGUCUGGGAAUCCUCGUAAGCUGGUCCCAGAGCGGCCUAAGGGGGUGGGGAAAGUGAAGGGGGGAGAAGUGGAACGUAGGAGGGGAGGCAAAGCCCAAGGGAAGGCGAAUGAAGAAUGUGAGAAUGGAAUAAUUGGUUCCCCUCGUUGCACGCGGUCACGAGGGAGAGUAGAGGAGGCUUUUGAGGCGCCACAACAGAAGCAAGAAUGUGAGAAAGGAAAGAAUGGUUCCCCUCGCUGCACGCGGUCACGAGGGAGAGUAGAGGAGGAAGAGAAGGAGGAGGUGGAAGAGAAGGAAGAGGAGGUAAAGGGGGAAGAGGAGGAGCGAAGGGAGAGGAGAAGUGGCAAUGGAAAGACGAGGAAUUCAAAUCAAGGGGCAAGAAAGAAGGGCGACGCUGCGGUUGAGGGUCCUUCCUUGCACCGCACUCGAUCACGAGGGGGAGUGGAGGAAUGUGAGAAUCCGGGCAGGGGAAUGGUUACACGACAGCGGAUGGUUACGAGGGCUGGUAUGCAGGGCAUAGCUGGAAAGCGCGGGGUGCAGAUAGGAGAGAAGAAGCGAGGGCAGGGGGUGAGGCGAGGAGUGGGAAGAGGAGGGAAGGGAAGGGGGGGAAGGGUGCGAGGUGAGAGAGGGGAUAAGGGGGCGGAACAGGUGGAAGGGGGAGAGGGGGAAAGUGAAGUGGAAGAGGUAGGAAAGGAGAUGGAAGAGGAAAGGAAAGGACAGGAGGAGAAGAGAGAGGAGGAAGCGAAGGGAGGGGAGGAGGAGAAAGGGGAGGAUGAGAUGGAAGAGGAAGAGAAGAGCGAGGAGGAAGGUCAACGGGAGGUACAAGAGCAGGGAGCUGGGAACGGGAGGCACAGCGAGGAGGAAGGUCAGGGGGAGGUAUGGGAGCAGGGAGCUGGGUUGAAGGGAGGUGAUAGAGGGAAUGAUGAUGGGGGGAACGAUGGGGAAAAGGGCGGGGGAAACGACAGUGGGAACGAUGGGGAGAAUGACGGAAAGGGAGGUGAAAAUGGUGGGAAGGGGACAGAGGGAGCGGAAGAGCAAGGUGGGGAAGAGGAGGGGGGGAAGGAAAUGGGGAAGGAAGGGGGAACUGCGGAUGGGGAGAUGGAAGAAGGGCAUGGGAGUGGGGAAAGGGAAGGGGAAGGGGAAGAAGGGGAGGAGAUGGGAGGAGAGGAAAGGGAACAGAGAGUAGAAGAGUGGGGAGGGAAUGAGGGAGAGGAUGCUAAGAAGGAAGAGAAGGACUUCAGGAGUGGGGAGAACGGAGAGUGUGAGAAUCAUGAGCAGCGGGUGGUGGGGAGAAAGGAGGAGAGGGAGAAGAAAAGGGCUGAGGAGGAAAGGGAGGAGAAAAUAGAGGAGGAGAAACGAGAAGAGGACAUGUGGGAGGAAAGGGAGGCAAGUAUAGAGGAGGGGAGGACGGAGGACGAAGAGAAAGGAAGGGAUGAAGAGAAGAAGUUAGUGGAUGGAACUAAUGGUGAGGGAGAGGCGGAGGCGGAGGAGGAGACGGAGGAGGAUGAGGUGGCGAAGGAGAAAGAGGAGGAGGAAGAGGAGGAGGAGGAGAAGAAAGACGAGGAGAAAGAUGCGGGGGAAGAGGAGAAAGAGGAGGGGGAAGAAGAGGGGGAAGAGGGGGCGAAAGAGGAGGCGAAAGAGGAGGAUAGAGAGGCAGAAAACGAGAGGGAGGAAGAGGAAGAUGAGAAUGGGGAGGCAGCAGGGGUGAAAGAGGAAGGGGAGGAGGAAGGGACGGGGGGUGGGGAUGGGUCGGAGGUUGGGGAAAGGGGCCAAGGAAAGGGAGAAGCUGCGGGUGAGGAGCAAGGAGAUAAGGAAGAUGAAGAGGAGGUAGAGGAAGAGAAAGGGGAGGAGGAGGAAGAGAAAGGGGAGGAGGAAGAGAAAGGGGAAGAGGAGGAGGAGGGUGAGGAAGGGAACGAGGGUGAGCAAGAAGGUGAAGGGGAGGAGGGUGAGAAAAGGGAAGAGAGAGAGAAGGCAAGGAAAGAAGAGGUGGAAGGAGAAGAAGGGAAAAAGGGAGAGGAGGAGGUGGAGGAAGGGGAAGAGGGAGAGGAAGUGGAGGAAGGGAAAAAGGAGGGGGAGGAUUUUGAGGGGGAAAAGGGACAGAAGGAAAUGAAAGAAGAGGUGGAAGAAGGGGAAGAGGGAGAGGAAGUGGAGGAAGAGAAAGAGGAGGGGGAGGGUGAUGAAGGGGAAAAGGGAGAGGAGGAAGGGAAAGAGGAGGUGGAGGAAGGGAAAGAGGAGGUGGAGGAAGGGGAAGAGGAAGAGGAAGUGGAGGGAGGGAAAGAGGAGGUGAAGGAAGGGGAAGAGGGAGAGGAAGUGGAGGGAGGGAAAGAGGAGGUGGAGGGUGAUGAAGGGGAAAAGGGAGAGGAGGAAGGGAAAGAGGAGGGGGAGGAAGGGAAAAAGGAGGGGGAGGAAGAGAAAGAGGAAGGGGAGGAAAGGGAGGAAGGGGAGGAGGGAGAGGAAGUGGAAGAAGGGAAAGAGGAGGUGGUGGAAGGGGAAGAGGGAGAGAAAUUGGAGGGAGGGAAAGAGGAGGUGGAGGGCGAGGAAGGGGAGAAGAGAGAAGAGGAAGGGAAAGAGGAGGGGAAAGAGGCAGAGGAGGAAAGGGAAGAGGAGGUGGAGGAAAGGGAAGAGGAGGUGGAGGAAAGGAAGGAGGAGGCGGAGGAAGGGAAAGAGGCAGAGGAGGAAAGGGAAGAGGGGGUGGAGGAAAGGAAAGAUAAGGAGGAAGGGGAAGAGGGAGAGGAAUUGGAGGAAGAGGAAGAAAGGGUCGUGAACUUAGUGGAUGGUAUUGACGAAGGGGAGGAGUGUGAGAGAGGGAAAGAGGCAGAGGAGGAAAGGGAAGAGGGGGUGGAGGAAAGGAAAGAGGAGGUGGAGGAAAGGAAGGAGGAGGCGGAGGAAGGAGAAGAGGCAGAGGAGGAAAGGGAAGAGGAGGUGGAGGAAAGGAAAGAGGUGGAAGAGAGAAAGGAGGAGGCAGAGGAAGGGGAGGAGGGAGAGGAGGAAAGGGAAGAGGAGGUGGAGGAAAGGAAAGAUGAGGUGGAGGAAAGGAAGGAGGAGGUGGAGGAAGGAGAAGAGGGAGAGGAGGAAGGGAAAGAUGUUGACGGUGAGGGUGUGGAAGAAGAGCUCCUGAUUGCAAUGGAGGAUAUCGAGCAAGGGGAGGAGAAUGCGGACGAGGGAGAUAACGAGGAAGAGAGAGAGGAAGAGGGUCGGGAGAUAGGGCAAGGAGAGGAGGAAGCGGAAGUGAAAGCGGAAGAGGGUCACGAGGAAGAGCAUGGGGAGGAGGAAGCGGAAGAGGGAGAGGAAGGAGAGGAAGAGGGAGAGGAAGGAGAGGAAGAAGGAGAGAGAGAAGAGCAGCGAAAUGGGGAAGGGCAAGAGGGAAGUGAGGAGGAAGAGGAGCAGGAAAGGAAGGAUGAGUUGGCAAACGAGGGAGCGGAAGAGGAAGAGGAAGAGCGAGAGGGAGAGGCGAAAGAAGAAGAGGGAGGACUGGAGGAAGAAGGUGUGGUGCAUCGAGCGUCAGAGAAGGAGCGAAGGGAGAUGGAGCAUACAGAGGAUGUUGGAAAGCAGCAGAAGGGGAGGGAAACUGGGAAGGAGGGGGGGGAGACUGAGGGAAGUGGAGAGAAGCAGUGGGGUGAACAGGCGGAGGGAGAAGGUGGGGAGGGGGAUGAGGGUGUGGGAGGGACGGUGGGAUGCAGGAAAAGAACAAGGGAAGAGGGCAACUGGGGCAGGGGAGGGGGCGUGGAAGGGGAGAGGCAGCCUGGUUGUACGGAAGCUCAUGGGGUGAAAGAGCGAGGAGAAGGGCUGCAUGCAGGGGCAGAAGGGUUACUGAAGGACGGAUUUGCGGAAGGGAAAGGGGGAGGAGCAGGAGAAGAAGCAGGAGCAGGAGGAGCAGAAAUUGGCAGUGCAAGGUCUCCUGUUAGAGAGAAGGACGAGGGGGUUGGAGGGAGGAAGAAGAAGAAACAGAAGAGGCGAGAAUCUCAGGGCAACGUAGCAACAGUUGUUGAGUCGCCUCAAGGAUCGUCUCAGCACACGAAAAAGAAGACAGUGCAGAGCGGCAAAGCAGCGGGUGUUCAUUCCCCUCAGGGAUCGUCUCAGCACACAAAAGGGAGGGCAGUGCAGAGGAAUGUAGCAGCACUUGUUGAUUCCCCUCAGGGACCGUCUCAGCACAUGAAAAAGAGAACAGUUCAGAGCGGCAUAGCAGCGCUUUUCCUGAAAAGGUCUGGUAAGAAGCCUGUGAGUCAGUCGAGAGAUGGGGGUGUGGGAGGGGAGGGUGCGGGUGUGGCGGAUAUGGGAGCAGGGGGUGCGGGAGUGGGGAGCGUGGGAGAGGCAGAGACAGGGAGCCUGCGGCAGGGGGUCAUGCAGGAAGCAACGUGUGGGGAGGAAACAGCAACGGGAGUGAGUGGGGUGGCUUGUGCGAAGGCAGGUAAGGGGGGUGCAGGAACAAGGACGGGAGGGGGUGGUGCUGGGGGAAAUGCAGAUGCGAAGGCUGGAGGGGGGAGUGCAGGAACGAGGACGGGAGGGGGUGGUGCUGGGGGAAGUGCAGAUGCGAAGGCAGGUGGGGGGAGUGGGGGGGCAAGGACGGGUGGAGGGAGUGGGGGAAGGAAGACAAGGGGGCGGUUGCAGGAUAUUCGACAGUGGUUAGGAGUGGUGGUGGAUGGCGGGAAGAGGUUGGAAGAAGGGAAGGGAGAGAGAGGAGGGCUGGAGGGAAGGAAUGGAGAGGGACAGAGAGGAGGGCAGGGAGGAGGGGAUGGAGAGGGACAGAGGCGAGGGGAUGGAGGAGGAGAGGGAGGAGAGAGAGGAGGGCAUAAAAGGAAGAAGGCGUCGAAGGGGGGAGAGGAGCAGGAAGCGUUGGAGAGGGGAGGGCAGGAAGAAACCGGGAAGGGGCUUGCUUUGAGGCGCCUCAUAUCACAGGAGGAGUGGCGGAUGGAGCCUCAGGCCGUAUCAUCUUCCCUCAACAGCAACAGCAGCGCCGCUGGUGCUGCUGCCUCUAUCAGUAAUUGUGCUCCCACCACCACCAACAACAACACCACUACCACCCCCAACAGAAACGCCAAGCGUGCGUCCAGAAAAAGUGCCUCUAGAAUCAAAUCUGGGGCUGCUGGGACUGCAGGUGCUGCUCGGCCUCCUCCCUCCAACCUCUCCCACGAGCUCACUCCUCAGAAGCGACGAGCUGACUGCGUCUCCGCAGUAGCUCCUUCCUUCUCCGAGCACUCCUGCUCGCCUCCUCUUCACACUCCUUCUCCUCCUCCCUGGCCAGGGUUUGAGAAAUCUAGAAAAACAGUUACUUCUUUCUCGGACCACUCCUGCUCGCCUCCUCUUCAUGACCCCUCUCCCCCCUCCCACACUCCCUCCUCACCUUCCCAUCGCUCCUCCUCUCCUCCUACUGACGCCAAUUGCUGCACUCCUCGAAAGCGGCAAGCUACGAGUGUGCAAUCCCGUUUACCUCCCUCUCCCGCUUCUUCUUCUCCCCCUGCUCCCUCUCCUCCCCCUGCUGCCCCUGCUGCCCCUGCUCCCACUCCUCCCUCUUCUCCCUCUUCCCCCCCUGCCCCCCCUGCCCCCCCUGCCCCCCCUGCUCCUUCUGCACGUGGGAAGGCCUUGGAAACUCCUCUAAACCCCUGUGAGAAGGGUGCAGCUGAGGGAUCAUGUGAGAAGGAGAAUGGUUCUCUAAACAAGCUUGGCCCUCUGCCUUCCCUCUUUCACAGGCACCAGCAGUCACGUGCCAUGCUGCCUGCCCCACUCGCUGCCCCUCCUACUGCCCCAAACACCGCCACUCCCGCUGCCUCUCCCAUUUCCCCACCCACUGCCCCAACCUCAUCUCUGGACAUGAACACUGUUCCUUUCACCCAUCCAGCCGUCGCACCAUCCGUAACUGCCACAGCACCAGCCCCUCCUCUCGCCUUCCCUUCCGUUCCUAUCACUCGCCCGCAUUUUGUGCCGCAAGAGUUUACGAGCCUACACGUUUUCGCCGACCCUGCCACCGUGCCUGUCACCGUGCCUAUCACCAAGCAAGCUGCCGUACCUGGUGCUGCCGGGCCUAGUCCUUGCACUCCUGGUCACAAGCUCGGGGGAGGCUCGGGGAAAGGUGGUGCGGGGAAAGAGGUGUUAAGUGGUGUGGGAGUAUCCAGGGCAGGUUUACCUGGUGUGGGUGUAUCUGGUUCCGGUGACGCCCGGGAGUCAAGGAGUGAGGGGAGUGGGGGUGUGGGUGAAGGGGUGGCGGUGGAAAAAGGCUCGCUGGGACUGAAGCGAGUGACUGCUGCCGAUCGUGAGCAGACGGGCGGUGAUGCUUCAAGGAUGAAUGGAGCUGAGAAGACGCGGAGAGGGACGGGAGGAGGCAUCAAGAACGAUGUUCAGAAAGGAGAGGUGGAAGGGGUUUCAGGAGGAGGGGCGAUGGAGACAGGAGGGAGGCGAGGGGUUUCAGGAGCCGCUGUUCGGUUGAUGGGGUUCAACUUGAUGUUCUCUCAAGCACCAGUCACCACCACCACCCCUGCUUCUUCUGGGUCUGCAAGCCCUUUUGGAUCUGCUGCCACUGCUGCUGUUGUUGCAUCAGCACCCUCCCCACGUCCGUCCAUUGCACCCACGCCACCCACACACCCAGCCGCUUCCCCCUCUCACGCCUCCCGCUCCCGUCUCUCCCUCUCCUUUGUCUCCGACGCUGCUCUUCCCGAUGCCUUGGAGCCAGUAAUAGGCUCGCAAGAUAGCCUGGUAAGGAGCUACUGGGAGCGUGCGGUUUUCGAGUCUCCUCAGAAGUCUAUAAAUAAGUCUGCUAAAAAAGGUCCCAUCACACCGGUUCCUCUCGCUCCCAUGGCAAAACCUGCUAACACUCCGGUUGCUAUCACACCAGGUGCUACCUCUUUGGUUACUAACACACCAGCUCAUAGCAUGCCAAGUCCCAUCACACCAGUCUCUCUUGCUCCAAUCGCAGCAGCUGCUAUCGCACCUGCUGGUAAUACACCAGGCACUAACGCAUCAGCUGCUAAUACUCUGGGAGCAACGGCAGCAGGAAUUCUCCUUGGAAAAACCGAAGGCAGUGAGGGGAAAGGCAAAGAAAGCGUUGAGAAUGCAGCCGUCACAGCAGCAGCAAGAGGAGCAGCAGCAGCAGCAGCAGCAGCAGCAGCAGCAGCAGCAGCAGCAGCAGCAGCAGCAGCAGCAGCAGCAGCAGCAGCAGCAGCAAGAGGAGCAGCAGCAGCAGCAGCAGCAGCAGCAGCAGCAGCAGCAGCAGCAGCAGCAGCAGCAGCAGCAGCAGCAGCAGCAGCAGCAGCAGCAGCAGCAGCAGCAGCAGCAGCAGCAGCAGCAGCAGCAGCAGCAGCAGCCGAGUGUUGUACAGCCAGUGCAGCAGCACAUUCAUCCAGACACCCAGGAGCAAGUCCAGCAGGAAUUCUCCUUAGCAAAGCCCACAGCAGUGAAAGCAAAGCCCACAAAGCCCAAGGCAGUGCGGGCAAAGCCAAAGAAAGCGUCGAGAUUGCAGGCGUCACAGCAGCAGCAAGAGGAGAAGGAGAAGCAACAGUUUGGGCAGCAGCAGCAGCAGCAGCAGCAGGGAGCAGCGGUGUCACAAGAACAAGCCCAGCAGGAAUCCCCCUUGGCAAAGCUGAAGGCAGUGAAGGCAAAAGCAAGGAAAGCGUUAAGAAUGCAGCCGCCACAGCAGAAGCAGGAGGAGCAGCAACACUGUUGGCAGCCACAGCAGCAGCAGCAGCAGCAGCAGCAGCAGCAGCAACAACAACAACAGCACGAGCAGGGAGCAGUGGUAUCACGAGCUGCCAUCGGUUCAUCAGCCCCCACCCCGCAGCAAGCCGGUUUCCGACCGCCUUUGAAUCCGCACCAGCAGCAGCAGCAGCAGCAGCAGCAGCAGCUGUGUCAGUGGCAGCAGCAGCAGCAGCAGCAGCUGUGUCAGCGGCAGCAUGA